AUUUUUGAACUGAAAAGCAGCAACACUUUCUGGAUGAUCACAUUUUGACAGAUCCAAUGAUACGUUGAGAAGAUGAGGAUUUGUUUUCUCUUCUGUAUUUUCUGCCUGAUGAGCCACAGCGUUAAUGUUAAAGGUGACAGAGGACCACCUGGACCACCAGGACCGUCAGGACCGCCAGGACCGCCAGGACCGCCAGGACCGCCAGGACCGCCAGGACCACCUGCUACAAGGGGCAUUGCACAACCUGGACCACCUGGUCGAGAUGGACGACAUGGAGCACGAGGAGUAAUCGGAUUAUCUGGACCACCUGGACCUGCCUCUGUGUGUAGACGAGAACUCUUUAAAUCUUUCACGCAAGAUGUUGAAGGAUUGAUGAAGAUCACCGCUAAGCUGGACCUUGCUAUGACCUUUGACUUUGUGAGGAAGGUGGGUCAGAAAUACUUUGUGUCCAACAAGGAGAGAGGAUCUUUCCAGAAGGCUGCAGAUUUCUGCCAGCAACGAGGCCUGGAGCUGGCUCUGCCCCAGAGUGAGGAGGAGAACCACAUGCUGCGUCAGCUGAUGGGUCAAGAUGAGAAAAGAGCCUGGAUCAACGUCAACGUGAGAAAAGCAGAAGGGAACUUCCGGUCCGACAUGAAAAAUCGACCUCUGACCUUCACCAAAUGGGGAGAAAGACAGCCGGAUGGAAGCAUUCGGGACAGCGGCUGCAGCAUGGCAGCGGAGGACGGCGCCUGGAGAGUGACAGCAGACUGUUCUCUGGACGCUGACAUCAUCUGUCAGCUGUAGAAAGAUCAUCCAUCAGGAAGGAAGCACCACCCGAAAGAAAUCAGUUUAUUGUUUGCUUUCUUUUGACAUUGUUGGGUCUUUUUUUAUAAUUUGCAACCAUUUCUUUACUUAUCCUGUAUGUUCUUAAGAGACCAGAAGCCCAUCAAGCUGACCUGCAUUGUAUAUUAGCUCAGACUAUAAAUGUUCAAGUGCUCAGCAUUGGUCAUACCUAACACUUGAACAAGUAAGCUAAUAAACGAGCCAGAAAUGGGUGGCAUGUGUGUUUAUCACUAGGAGGAAACUGAGGGGAACCUGAAAGUGUUUUAUAUCUAUGUGAAACAACUUUGUGUAUCUGAAUUUUUAUAUAUACUUAUAAAAAUGAAGGUAUUUAAUACAAAAUGAAAAUGCAGUAAAAAUAGACAAACUGUCCUGAAGUCCACUUUAUAUUUAAUGGAUUAAAUAACCAUUUGAAGGCUGCAUUUAGGGGUCUUUUCUGGCCUCUGCUGAAUGUUGUCCGUGCUGCAUUUUGUAAUUGACCAAAUUAGGAAAUCAGCAAAAAUGGAACAGUAGAAAAUAUAGAGCAUGACAUCACAAACCCACCCACAAAAAAAAAAAAAAAACG